AUCUUACAUCCUGGCUUGGUCCUCUUUGUCUCUGAGAGAGUCUGGUGAGAGAGAGCAUCCAAACGAAAGUAAGAAAAUUCUUCUCCUUCUUCUUCCUGACUACUCCCCUUCCCUCAUCUUCUUCCUCAAAAAUCAGGGUUUUACUGAACUCCCCCACUCUCCUUCUCCGGAUAUGUAGCCUCAGUCGGAGUUUGAUGUUUAACCAGUGUAGUGUUAUACUAGCUGCAGAGGUGUGAAACUUGCAUCUGCAGCUGUUGCUAUUUACUGAUCUCAAAUGGAUGACGGUGGCCAUCGUGAAAAUGGAAGACACAAAGCGGAUCAGUAUAAAGCAGCUCAGGGUCAGUGGUUGAUGCACAAUCAGCCAUCAAUGAAACAGGUAAUGGCCAUAAUGAGCGAAAGAGAUGCAGCUAUUCAAGAAAGAAAUUUGGCCUUUUCCGAGAAAAAGGCUGCCCUUGCAGAGCGAGACAUGGCAUUCCUGCAACGAGAUGCAGCAAUUGCAGAACGAAAUAGUGCCAUAAUGGAACGAGACAGCGCCAUUGCAACUCUUCACUACCGGGAUAACUCCUUAAACAGUGGCAAUGGAUCUUCAUGCCCUCCAGGUUGCCAAAUUUCACGUGGGGUCAAACAUAUGCACCACAUGCAGCAGCAGCAGCAUGUACAUCACAUGCCGCACAUGAAUGAACCUACUUAUGGUACGAGGGAUAUGCACACAAGUGAUUCCAUCACAAUGCCACCAGAAACUUCAGUGCCUACAAAGUCACGGCAGCCCAAACGACCAAGGGAGCCCAAGACAACGCAACCAAAUAAGAAACCUUCAAAAUCUCCAAGGAAGAUGAAGAGGGAGAGUGAGGACUUAAAUAAGAUGACGUUUGAUAAAUUACAUGACUGGAAGGGUGGCCAGGAUAUGGGUGGUGAAGGUGAUGAUCUUAACAAACAGGUGGUUGUGUCAAAGUCAGAUUGGAAAGGUCAGGACCUGGGGUUGAACCAGGUUGCGUAUGAUGAGUCGACCAUGCCAGCACCCAUGUGCUCGUGCACCAGUCUCCUCAGGCAAUGCUACAAGUGGGGGAAUGGUGGUUGGCAAUCCUCAUGUUGCACAACUACAAUGUCGAUGUACCCAUUGCCAGCAGUGCCCAACAAAAGACACGCCCGUGUAGGUGGGAGGAAGAUGAGUGGGAGUGCCUUCAACAAGCUACUUAGCCGACUUACAGCUGAAGGCCAUGAUCUCUCGAGCCCAGUUGAUCUCAAGGACCACUGGGCCAAGCACGGAACAAACCGCUACAUCACAAUCAAGUAGAUGAAAAUUGGGUAGAGGCACGUGCAGGUAGGAGAAGGAACAUAGUGAUUGAUCAUGUAUGCAUUUCAAAUUUUCUUUUCGGCUCGAUGGCGGAGGGGAAAUAAUGAUUCGACAAUAGGCAGUUGGAUGUAGUAGGAUUUGGGAGCGUUGCUAUGUGGUUGUCUAAGGCCUUGGCUAUUUCUUCCCAAAUUUUUUCGACAUUAGAACUAGCUGAAUGGGUUGAUAAUGCAGUAAGAUUUUCUGGAAAACUGAGGCCGGUCGGAAAUCGAGGAAGCAGGAGGGCCAUUUCGACACCAUCUUGGCGUGAAGGAUUUCAAUCAUCCCAUGUAAUUGAAGGGUUUGUAGUUUACUAAUAAGAACAUAAUAACUGUAAUUACGUUAGCGUUUCUUAUCAACGUUUCCGGCCAUCGUUUAUUGGUGUA